UAGAGUUAAAAAAACUCAGUAUCGGAUCUCGCACCACGUGUUGUUUUGGCGCUUUACCGCAUUUCGCUGACACCCAAACAAACGUGUCGUGUAGAUGGUUUGUUUAUAUUGAAUCGGUUGACGUUUUUAAUCUACGGUUUUUACAUAUUUGAACGGCACGAGUUCAGACAGUGUUGAAUAAUGAAGUAUAUACUGGUGACCGGUGGUGUGAUAUCUGGCAUUGGUAAAGGGAUCAUAGCCAGCAGUGUGGGCACUAUCCUCAAAUCAUGUGGCCUGCAUGUCACUGCUAUCAAAAUCGACCCCUACAUCAACAUCGAUGCAGGCACUUUCUCUCCCUAUGAACAUGGUGAGGUGUUUGUGCUAGAUGAUGGCGGCGAGGUUGACUUGGAUUUAGGGAAUUACGAACGUUUUCUGGACAUCCGGUUAACCAAGGAUAACAAUCUGACGACGGGGAAGAUCUAUCAGUCUGUUAUAACCAAGGAGAGGAGAGGGGAUUACUUAGGCAAAACUGUACAAGUGGUACCACACAUUACUGAUGCUAUACAGGAAUGGGUCAUGCGGCAGGCUAAGGUCUCGGUGGACGAUGACGGAAUUGAGCCAGAAGUCUGUGUUAUUGAGCUUGGAGGUACAGUUGGAGAUAUUGAGAGUAUGCCUUUUAUUGAAGCUUUUAGACAGUUUCAGUUUAAAGUGAAACGGGAAAACUUUUGUAACAUCCAUGUCAGUCUGGUUCCUCAGCCCAAUUCAACAGGAGAACAGAAGACCAAACCCACACAGAACAGUGUUCGAGAGCUUCGUGGACUUGGCCUGUCACCUGAUCUGAUUGUUUGUCGUUGCUCAACUCCAUUGGACACUGCUGUCAAAGAGAAAAUCUCCAUGUUUUGCCACGUAGAACCUGAACAGGUGAUCUGCGUGCAUGACGUGUCCUCAAUCUACAGAGUACCUUUACUCCUGGAGGAUCAGGGCAUUGUUGACUACUUCUGCCACAGACUGGACUUGUCCAUUGAGAUGAGACCUCGAAAAAUGCUCACAAAGUGGAAGGAGAUAUCAGACAGGUCUGACCGACUCCUGGAGCAAACCUCCAUUGCUUUAGUAGGCAAAUACACCAAACUGUCAGAUUCAUAUGCGUCUGUUAUUAAAGCACUGGAGCACUCUGCCCUCGCCAUCAACUAUAAGCUAGAGGUCAAGUACAUAGAUUCAGCAGAUCUGGAGCCAGCAGCGUUGCAAGAUGAGCCGGUUAAAUACCAUGAGGCCUGGCAGAAGCUCUGCAGUGCUGAUGGGGUUCUUGUUCCUGGUGGCUUUGGUGUGCGAGGCACUGAGGGAAAAAUCCAAGCCAUUAACUGGGCGAGGAAACAGAAAAAGCCAUUUUUAGGUGUUUGUUUGGGCAUGCAGCUGGCAGUGUGUGAAUUUGCUCGUAAUGUACUCGGCUGGGAAGAUGCCAAUUCUACAGAAUUUGAUCCUGAAACCAAACAUCCAGUGGUGAUUGAAAUGCCUGAACACAAUCCUGGACAGAUGGGAGGAACUAUGCGGUUAGGAAAAAGGCGCACCUUAUUCAAAAACACCUCCAGCGUUCUUCGAAAGCUGUACGGCGAUGCUGAAUAUGUGGACGAAAGGCAUCGACAUCGCUUUGAGGUGAAUCCAGAACUGAAGCACCACUUUGAGGAUAGAGGCUUUCGAUUUGUGGGUCAGGAUCUGGAGGGGGAGCGGAUGGAGAUCAUUGAACUUGAAGCAGAUCACACUUAUUUUGUCGGAGUGCAGUACCACCCAGAAUUCACUUCUCGCCCCAUUAAACCCUCGCCUCCUUAUUUUGGCCUUCUACUGGCAGCAUCUGGGAAACUACAGAACUACCUACAGAAAGGAUGCCGGCUCUCACCGCGAGACACAUACAGUGACCGAAGUGGCAGUAGUUCACCAGACUCAGAGAUCUCUGAAAUCAAAUUUCCUUCACUCUCUUAAAGGAGGAAUAUCCACAUAAUCAUAAAACAUAUUUAUGACAUGAAACGAUGAACUUGAAUAAAUGAAUAAAAGGCUAAUGUGUCA